AUUGACAGCAGCGCUCUGCUCAGCGGCCGGCACCUGCGGAGCGGACGGCAAGAGGACGGAACGCAGAGCGGCUGAGUGAAUGAAUGGCGAGCGGGCUCGGACCGACGCCGCUGCUGCUGGCAGUGUGGGGCACGCUGGGGGCGACAGGUUUUCUGAAAGUGGAGAUGGCAGGGAAGACUCAGGUCGUGUUCCUCAAUGAGGACGUCACCAUCUACUGUAAGAUCCCCGGUUCCCCACUCCUGGACAGCAGCAUCAUGGGUGUCAUCUGGUUUCGGAAGAUUCGAGGAUCGGAAAUGGAAGCCAGGCUGUAUGAGUAUUAUGGCGGUCACCAAGCAGCAUUCCGACCUGGAGCCAGCGUGUCUCUUGAGCUGCUGGAGAGGGGAGACGCCUCACUGCGGCUGCCUGGCAUCCAGCUCAGGGAAGCCGGAGAGUACCGCUGUGAGGUGGUGGUUACCCCCCAGAAGGCAGAGGGCGUAGUCCAGGUGGAAGUUGUGGCUUCUCCAGCUGGCAAAGUAACUCUGGACCAAGCCCCAACGAAAGAAAACAGAUACGCACGUGUGGUGUGCAAGACAUCUGGGUUCUACCCUGAAUCCAUUACCAUAACUUGGGAGAAGUGGACCCAGAAGGCUCCCCAGCACCUACAGAUUUCUGAAGGCGAAUUCAGUGGCCCUCCGGUCAAGAAUGAGGAUGGGACGUUUAAUGUUACUAGCUACUUGACACUGAAGUCCCCAGUGGAAGCUGAUGGGGCCAUCUACUGCUGCGUGGUGGGACAUGUAUCCUUGCACACCUCCCAGCGGUUCAGUCUUCCAGUGACUGAGACAGAAUCUGCAAUGGGAAACGUCUUUUGGAAUAAUUUCUACUCUAUUCCUGUGGCAACUGUAGUUAUUGGACUGAUUUUUUAAAUUUUUUAUUUUUAUUUUAAAAGAUUUAUUUAUUUAUUUGAAAGUCAGUUACAAAGAGAGAGGAGAGGUGGGGGGGGUCUUCCAUCUGAUGGUUCACUCCCCAAUUGGCUGUAAUGGCCGGUGUUGCGCUGAUCUGAAGCCAGGAGCCAGGAGUGUCUUUGGGGUCUCCCAGUUGCUGUCAGAAUACCAAUGCAUGCAGCAGUGAUAUUAGUUGACAAAGAAGAUGUGGUACAAGGGGUUAAGGUGCUACUUGCAAUGCCAGCAUCCCAUAUCAGAGCACUGCAUUGAGUCCCAGCUGCUCCACUUCCAACCUGCACCCAUGUGGGAAACUCAGAUGGAGUUCUGGCUCCUGGCUUCAACCUGGCCCAGAGCAUGUAACUAUGGUGCCUCGCAGUCAUGGACUGUCCCCUUCACCCUGGGGUCAGCCACAUGACUUGCUGCAGCCUAUGCAAUGAUCCAGUAGUGAAUAUGUGCUGGUUCCAAGCCCGGGCCUCAGAAGGCCUUGUGCAUUUUUCCUAGAGAAGGACUGACCCAGGCUUGUCCUCUGGACGACAAGAGAAACAGGAAGCAGAGCCAUAUCAUCCAAAUUGCAACUCACGGACCCGGGCCUCGUUCAGAAGACAACUCUCCAAUGCCAUGUGAACAAAUGUACUGAAAUCAGCAGAGCUGACAGAGCCAACUGUCAGAGGCAUCAGAAACAUUUCUUUAAAAAGCCAGUGCUUCAGGUUGGCUUGUUAUCCAGCACAAGUAACUGAUACAGCUCCUCAAGAAACAGUAUUUGACCAAAGGAGUAUGGUAGCCACAGAGGUGUGGCUUACCGAGACCCUGUUUGGGAGGCAGCCUGCUGGGAGCAGCGUAGUCAGCCAACGUGUGCCAGCCAUAGCACCUCAGGUCUGCUGCAGUGUUUGAGCUGAAGCCACAUCCACUCUGGACAGCUCCAGCUCCACGCCAGGAGCCGCCUCUUGGAGUGGCCCAGGUGGUCUCUAGCUAUAGCCUGAGGCCCUUUCCCCUCAGUCUUCCCUCCUGCCUUCUGCCUCUCUUCACUCCCAUAUUGGUCUGAGGCUUUUUCUUCCUACUUGCUCCUCCCUUUAUGUUUCACAGGAAUUACCCUCAGUAACUCUCCAUCUGCAGAACUGCUUCCCAGAAGACCCAGUGUGAAAUACUGCAGUGGGGGAAAUGAUGAGUGCAUGGCUUCUUUGAGGUGAAGGCCAUGGGCAGGUCUCAUCCAGACAGGUGGCAGAGACCAAAAGGUUUUAGAGAAUGCAAAAGUAGUUCAAAUGGCUUUUUGCAAUAACCCAGAGAACCUGCCCCAGUGGGGACUGCUCAAGCCGCCCUCUGUGAGGCACAACUACAGAAGACUUUCAUUCUUCUACUUCCAAGAUGGGUGGGAAACCAGAGGCACAGUAAGAACUGAACAAAAUACAAUGAGAGUCUCAGUCAGAACUGGACUGUAUUUCUCUGGGUUAUCUGGCGACUAUCUCCCUACCUCCAAAACGAUGGUGCUAUAAGAACAACUCAGGGGCCCGGCAUUGUGGCAUAGCAGGUAAAGCUGCUGCUUACAAUGCCCGUAUCCCAGAUGGGUGCUUGUUUGAGACCCAGCUGCUCCGCUUCCAAUCCAGCUCCCUGCUAAUGCUCCUGAGAAAGUAGCAGAAGGUGGCCCCUGCACCCAUGUGGGAACCCCGGAAGAAGUUCCUGGCUCUUGGCUUCGGCUUGGCCCAUCUUUAGAUGGAAGAUUCUCUCACUCUUCCUCUCCCUACCCCCCA